AUGCAUCUCGCCGAUUAUAGGUGAUAGGAAGUACAUUCAGGUAGUGCAAGUCAAUGUCGCCAUCCAGGGCAAAGGCGAACGUUUGACACGAGAUAGCGGUCCCUUGAAACGUGAAGUGUCAGGAACGCUACGCAUGCCAGUGGCGCGUUGAAUGAGGACGUUCAUUCUUCUUGCAAUCGUACCAGCUGCCCUUAUCUCUACCUCGGCAAAGCCUUCUGUAUACCAUGUCACUUACCCUGCGUGUUCCAGCGGCUCCAUGCGUACUCUCUAUAUCAACUUGGUCUGGUGGGCUUAUCCUGUCCCUGUCAGGCCAUCAUCCAAGCAGCUGCAUACUUCACGCGUCACGAGUUAACCCCAGCUGCUUCUGGGGUUAUCAUAGACUGCCACUUCAGCCAUUCCAGCUUGGCAUCACCGGUCGAAAGUCAGAUACCAACACUCGCUCUUUAGAUACGGCAAAGCUUUCAGGCUAUCAUAGACAAACACCCAGAGCCGUCGCUCACUCUCUCACCAUGUGUCAAGCUCGUACACUCGUCCGCAAAGUGGCGCGCCCAUACGUCGACCACAGCGAGCUCAUGAUCUCGAGCUUUCUGAUACCGUUCCUCGACUUCUCCCAACGCUGAACUUUCCUGAGAAGGCGUCAUACGCAAUCGGACGCGACGAUUGAUAACUCCCCUGCAACAUUCUGCAAAGUAAGUAACCCCCAGAGAUUGCUUGUGGUAUCCCUUGCACUGCGCAAACGGGUUGGUUCCCGGUGCAAGGUUAGACUAUAAAUCGUGCUGGGUCGGCUAUAUCGAAAGCAACUAUCGACACUGAACAGGCAUGCUUUUAGAAGCAUGAUCUGCUUCCGAAGUCACCCAGGCCCUACGCGCGCGGUUAUCCUUUCACUCCUAGAUGUUUGUGCCGCCGCCGGGUGCCUGGCCAGUCACCACAUGAAGCGUUAGUUGACCGUAUGGGGACAAAAUCGAAUGGAACAGACGGUCAGGGCCUCCUGGUCUCCCUGCGGGCAACAUAUUGCUGUAUCUCGCCGUGAAGACUUGUGAAGACGCAUGGCGCGCCUGUCAAGUCGAAUAGAGUACCAGCCGUAAUGCUCGGGUAUAAAAACUGCUGCAGUGUAGCACUCAAUCCUCAGGUCAUUGCCUAGUCUCAACUUCCUCUCGCCGAGCCACUACCAGUUUCGCUAUGUUCGCUGCUACUCUCCUCGUCAACACUCUCCUUGCCAGCUUUGCGCUCGCAGCUCCCUCCUCCCGCCUCGCCGAGCGUCUCGCCCGUCGCCAGGCCCGCCAGUCGAUGCCCCUCAGCCGGCUCGAUGCCGCUGAGAACCUGGCUGCCGGCAACGUCUCGCACGUUGAGUACAGUCAGAACUGGUCUGGCGCCGUCUGGGAGAGCUACCCUACCGGCACGUUCAAGUCCGUGACUGGCACUUUCAUCGUCCCCACGCCCUCGGGUUCUGGCUCCGCCUCUGCCUGGGUUGGUAUUGACGGUGACACGUGCGGAAGCGCCAUCCUCCAGACCGGUAUCGACUUCAACAUCCAAGACGGUGACGUCUCAUACGAUGCCUGGUACGAGUGGUAUCCCGACUACGCGUACGACUUCUCUGGCAUCCCCAUCCACGCAGGCGACUCCAUCACCCUGACGGUGACCGCGUCGUCGACCACGACGGGCACGGCGGUGAUCAUCAACAACACGACGGGCAAGAAGGUGUCCAAGUCGCUGUCGAACUCGAACGCCCUGUGCCUCGAGAACGCGGAGUGGAUCGUCGAGGACUUCGAGGAGGGCUCUUCGCUCGUCGAGCUCUGCGAUUUCGGCACGGUCAAGUUCACUGACGCGUACGCGACCACCGAGAGUGGCGAGACCGUCGGUGUCAGCGGGGCAUCGACGAUCGAUCUUAAGCAGGGCAGCACGGUGUACACGUCUGUGAGCACUGCUUCGGAGGGGCUCACUGUCAAGUACACUGGGAGCUGAGCGGAGGCUGAGUCCUUUGAUGGAGCAUGGUGAUCAGUUACGAUUGCCGUUUUUUAUCUUACUUGGGUUUUAUGGAAGGGUGCAUAAAAGAGUGUACAAAUUUGUAUAUCUUGGGUUAACG